AUGGCUGUUGUGAGUGGAACGUUUCGUAUGGUGUCCGAGGAGGAGCAAGCUCUCAGGGCGAAGCUAGAGCACCUCACUGUCAAAGACCACGGACCGGUGUUUGGACCCUGUGCUAAACUGCCCGACCACACCACACAGAAGGCCAAGGAUGAGCUGAAUGAGACGGAGGAGAAACGGGUGUCUGCGGUGAAGGAGUUACGGGGAAUCAUCAAAGACAAGGCUGACAGCGGAGAUGACCUUGCCAAGGCCGUGCAGGACACGUUUGGAGAAAAACCCGACAGCAUCCUCGUGAGGUUCAUCCGUGCCAGGAAAUAUGAUGUAAACAGGGCCUAUGAACUGAUGAAGGGUUAUGUGCGCUUCAGACGGGACUACCCUGAGCUGUUUGAGAACCUGACCCCAGAGGCAGUGCGGAGCACCAUCGAGGCAGGUUACCCAGGCAUCCUCUCCAGCAGGGACAAGUACGGCCGUGUGGUCCUGCUGUUCAACAUUGAGAACUGGGACUACGAGGAGAUCACCUUUGAUGAGAUCCUCAGGGCCUACUGUGUGAUUCUGGAGAAGCUGCUGGAGAAUGAGGAGACUCAGAUCAACGGGUUCUGUAUCAUUGAGAACUUUAAGGGCUUCACCAUGCAGCAGGCCUCUGGCAUCAAACCAACAGAGCUGAAGAAAAUGGUGGACAUGCUGCAGGACUCUUUCCCUGCUCGUUUUAAGGCGGUGCACUUCAUCCACCAGCCCUGGUACUUCACCACCACCUACAAUGUGGUCAAACCCCUUAUGAAGAGCAAGCUGCUGGAGAGGGUCUUUGUCCAUGGAGAUGAGCUGGAAAACUACUACAAGGAGUUCGAUGCUGACAUCCUUCCUGCAGAGUUUGAUGGGAAAGGCCCAAAGUAUGACGGCAAGGCAACUGCUGCCAAGUUAUUUGACUGA